ACACGACGCGGGAGGGGAACCGCUGCUGCAAUGCGCGCCUCCGCCCAGGCUUGUGCUCCCAGCUGGAGAGAGGGGGCGCCGCGCGCCGAGCCGGCCGUGCCUGCGCGCCCCCGCCUGGGGCUAUAAAAGCCUCGCCACCUGCUGCCGUUUGUGCGUCCAAUUGCGGGAGAAGCCAAUUCCACCUGCUCCAGCGGCAGCUCCUCUCGACAUGGACCCUGAGACCUGCCCCUGCCCUACUGGUGGCUCCUGCACCUGCGCUGGCUCCUGCAAGUGCGAGGGAUGCAAAUGCACCUCCUGCAAGAAGAGCUGCUGCUCCUGCUGCCCUGCCGAGUGUGAGAAAUGCGCCAAGGAUUGCGUGUGUAAAGGUGGAGAGGGGGCCGAAGCUGAGGAAGAGAAGUGCAGCUGCUGCCAGUGAGGACGUGCCCCUCCGUGCGAAAUGUGUGUAAAUAGUGCUGGGUGGCCUAGUGCCACCUGUCCCCAUGGUGAGGCUCCGCAGUUGGUCCCCUUCCCCUGCUAGCCACUGGCAAUUGACAAUAAAUCCUGUGAAAGGCAUAAA